AUGCAUGCAGCGUCGUGCUCAGUGAGCUCACAGUCUCGUGAAGCAUUAGUAAGAACACUAGGAAAUGGCUCACUUCUGUGCAUCAUUUGUAACGUACAGGUGAAGAGCAAAUUAUGGAUAGCUCAUUCAAACGGUCGAAAACACCGCGAAAAUGUUAUCAGUUUCAAAAAGGCAGCAACGGCCAGUGCAACUUUAAUGAAACGAAACUCCAAUGAGUCAACCACGUCUCUUUCGACUGCACCUUUGAAAAAAAUGAAAGUGGUGAAGGAGCCGACUUCAAAAGAUUUUAACGAAAGUACUCCUUGGGAGAAAGAUUCUACGUCAAAAAUAAUUGGAAGUAAUACGACAUAUAAUCAAACGAAAAAUAUUAUCGAAGGAGUGCCUGAAGGUUUCUUCGAAGAUGAAAAACUGAACAGCAGAGUUAUUGACACCAUUGAAAAGCAGGCAAAUAUCGAACAACAAUAUGCAGAUUUCAUAAGAGAGUUAGAUGACGCAAAACAUGAAGAAGAGCACCGUGAAGAAAAUGAAGAGCAUAUAGUGGCUGUUGAGCAUGAUAUUGAACUCAUUGAUGAGCAGAUCGAUCAAUGGAAACGAGUAAAUCGGUUAGAGCUGCGACGAGAUAAAUUGUAUAGUACAGUAGCUGAAAAAAGUGGAAGAAAUACCGAACCAAUAAUGGGGCAGAUGAGCGAUGAUGACUCUGAUAUUGAUCUUACUGGUUGGAGGAAUAAAGGCAUUUGA